AUGGGACCGCAGAUCCCCGUUGCGGGCAUCAUAGUCGGAUCCCUCUGCGGCGCCGUCGUCCUCGCCGGUCUCGCCUUCCUCCUCUACCGCGUUUAUAGGAGAAAGUGUGGGGCGCGGAUGCGAUAUGAAAGAUUAGGUGGGAUGCAAAAGCAGCCGGCGCCGGCCGUUCAGAUCGACGGCAAAAGUCUGGCGACGCCCUCUGUAAGUUUAAAGACCGUACCAUUCACCCUUCCACCUGCCCCCAUCCCACGGGAGCGCAUCGGGGGCUUCACAUUCCCCCCUCCGGCCUCACCCAUGCCUGACAUGCUGGACCAGCCGGACAUGAGAGGAUCGGCCGAAAGGAGGCCCUCGGUCACCAUGGAGCGGAGGCCGUCCUACGCAGGAUGCCAAGUCCCCAUCAUCAAUCAAGAACAGCAAAAGGUCAUCUCUUCGUCGUCGUCGGCGUACGAUCAGGAGAUCGAUGGACGUCGCGAUAGCGUGGGUACCCUUAGCCUAUGCAGCGCGGAUUCCACCGAGGGAGGUUCCCCUACCCACAAUACCAGUUCACCCCGGACAAACUCCCGCAGACCGUCCGCCACGGAUAUCAUGAGUCCGCCAGUUGGUAAGUGAUCAAAGAACCCAAUUAAAUCACAUUCACACUCAUUUUAUAUUAUAGCCCUCAGGCAUAUGACGUCAUAAUCUCAUAUCGCCCUCCCUCAGAGGAUAUAGGAGUACGCAUGCGAAGCAAUGGCUUCAGCCUCUAAGAUGGCGGUGAGAUGACACCAUUGUAUAAGGCCUAAAGUCACUCCAAGGGACCCAACACCAAACUGACCGAUGAUAAGCCAUUGAAGAAAACGUAAAAGCUUUGAUCGGUUUAUGGUCGUUUGUUUGAUGUGACUGCAGUAUGAGCUAUUUCAAACAGGGCCGUUUCAUUAAGCUUUGCGCAAUCAGGGCGGAAUCAUUUCGUCCGCGGAAAAUUUGACAAGCAAAAAAAAUGGUCCUCACUUUCAAAAGAGGAGAGUAAAAACGGCAAAAUUACAUUACAAAUUUUGAAUACAUCUCUAAAAAGGGGGGCACAUCCGGCCCUUUGGAUCCGCCACUGAGUAAUUUGUAACAUGAAAUAUGAUGUCGAACAUUUUGCUUAUUUUGACAAGUGAAAGUAUUUCAAUUGAGCACAAUUGGAUUUCACCUAUUUCACUUCAUGUAUUUGACGAAUAAUGUUUUUCUCAUUCACAUUCCAGUUCAUGGAAUGAACUUGAUUGAGAGUGAGAUGAUUUUUUUUAUAGGAUAAAUUUGUUGGUAAUAAGCUCUGGAAUGUAAAACGCAAAUACUACCAAACAGAUAUCUAAUGUAGAUAUGAACUUAUUAAUUUCAGCCCAAAAAGUAAAGAUUAUAAUGUUAUACUUUAAAAUGGUGGUUCGAGUUCAUGGGAUUAGCAGCCGAUCAUUCCUAUGUGGAGGGUGUGGCAGGGAGCGGAGGCAGCAACAAUGCAAAGGGGGCAAAGGUUCUGUUAAAAACCCCAUCCGGUUCCUGAAUGACGAUUUUGGUGGGUAUUUUCUUGAAAAAAAGAGAAUUUUCUUGAAAAAAAAAAGAGAGUUUGGGGAACCUCUCCCUCCUCUCCUCACUCCACCAGUUCAUGAUUAACUUUAGCUUUCCCUAAUUGUUCCAUUAACUCUUUCCUAUCUUACAUUCAUAAUUUUGAAUGCGUCACAAUGCGAUUAUUUGGCGUUUUCCAUUGCGGUAGCUGCAAAAAGUUGUAUUCUUUCUGAUGGAAAACAUUGUGAUUACAUACGAAUUACCUUGCCCAGCUCUCUGUUUCCCAUCCCUUUAUUAACUAAAUAACUAAUGCAUAACCCUGUCAUAAUAUCAUUAAAUAUCGUUGAAGGAGGGAACAUCGUGGCCUCGUUAGACCUUUUGAACUUUACCGCCGAGCACAUUUAUUGCAUCAUGAAGGCACAUUAGACUCUCAAGGGCGUAUUUAACCACUUAAUGAAACAAUUUAUUGGAAGAUGAUACGAUAAGGCUCAAACAGGGGCGGUACGAGAAUACGCUGAUUAGAAGGGGACGAACUAAGUAUGAACACAUAAUAUUUUUUCUCAACUGAAUCGGGGUUCGGUGGCAGAGCGUCCUUGGUUUGAUUACCGGUCGAGUCUUACCCGGGACUUACCAAAGUCUUUUUUCUUUAAAAUUUGACCCAUUGCCUGUCUGGCGCUGGACGCAUAAAAAUGGAGAACGUUAAUGAUAAUAAUCUUCUGAAGGGCCCCUGGAGAUCAGUUCAUAACAACUGAAGUGGCAACACUGAAAAGACUGACCAUUGUAUCAAUAAUAGGAGUGUA